AUGGUCAGCUCAGUGACAGACCCAAACAUUGAAUCACCCUCCACUCCUCCAAUUUUCUAUACAUUCAAUGUAGUCUUUGAAGAUUUAGCAGCAAGAUUAGCGGAUGAAGAAUGUGAUAAACUCCUGGAACUGCCUGGAGUCAAUGUGGUUUUCAAAGACACUGUGAGGAAACAACUUCAUACAACCCAGUCACCACAACAAACUUUGAUGAGAAGAUUAUCAGUGAUCACAGACUUGGGCCUCCAAUUCCUCCCCAUCGGAAAAGCGCAUACAGAUUCAACUCCAGACUAUGCAAUAAAAAAUUUAUUGGGGCAAGGUUCUUCAGUAGUGGCGCUCAACACUUCAUUUCUGGAAGUUCAAACUGACACCAAGCCCAUGAUUACCAAUCCCCACGAGAUGCAGUUCAUCAUGGCAUGCAUACCGCAUCUACUGCAGCUGGAGCCGCGGUUGCAGGGCAGAUAUGGUGACUCUGAUUUGUUUCCUGGCAUAGAAAGUGCCAUUGAAGACGGAGUAGACAUUUUGUCAAUUUCAAUGGGAGGGGGAAAUGCUCCUUACUACGAGGACGUGAUAGCUAGGGGGACUUCUGCCGCCAUGAAGAGGGCCAUUUUUGUGGCAUGCUCUGCCGGGAAUAUGGGACCCCGUGCAUAUACUGUUCAGAAUACGGCACCCUGGGUAGCCACAGUUGGAGCUCGAUCUAUUGAUCAGGCUUUUCCAGUAAAGAUCAUGCUUGGAAAUGGCAAGUCCUUCAUUGGUUCUUCUCUGUGUAUCUCGUAG